AUGAUGAAAGGUUUGUGCGAGGAGUCGACAGGCCAGUCAAACAUCAUCCUUGACAUUGAGGAAAGCCGUGGCUCUGGUUACGAGCAACCAACAACGCCCGAAGAGCUUCCGGUGUAUGGGAAUCCCUACAACGAGACCACCUUGGAGGUAAUAUUUCCCGGAAAGGCGCCACUAUUCGCCCUCGAUGGAAAGAAACUGAGACUCCUUAAACAACUGGAUCGCGACACCGAGAACCUCUCGCACGUUGUCUUCCAGCUUGUAUGUACAGUGAAAGCGACAAACAAGAAGCGGAUUAUACCGAUAAUCGUCCGAGUGUCCGAUGUAAAUGACAAUGCACCGAAGUUCAUCAAUACACCGUAUGAAACAACUGUACCCGAGCUGACGCCAGUAGGCUCGACGAUAUUUCAAAAUGUGGUAGCAGUGGACGCUGACGCGGGUGUGAAUGGACUCGUGGAAUACUCAAUAGCGCCAGGAGAUGGGAACGGUAUUGGCAGCAACAAUGCUGUCGGUCGUGAUAGAAUUACAACCGCAGACGGGUAUGGUUAUUUCAGCAUCAACUUGCCACAUCAGGGACAGGUCACGGUCAAUCGAACACUCGACUUCGAGAGGACGCAGCGUUAUCUCGUCACCAUCCUCGCAUCGGACCGAGCAUUAAAUACGUCCGAAAGAUUGACAUCGACCACAACUUUAACAGUUAAUAUUCGAGACGAUGACGAUCAAGAUCCUUCAUUCAUCUACCAGGGAUGCAUGCUGCUGGACGGGUCUUGCAUCAACCCGGAGUACUCUGCUUCCGUAUCCAGUGGAGUACUGUCUGGAAUACUCAAUAUAUCGCCGGAGAAAAUACAAGCCGUUGACAUGGACAGUAUUAAUGCGGCAAUUCAUUAUUCCUUCCUCAGUGGUAAUCCACAAAACUACAGGGACUUUUUUGAAAUAAAUCCAAACACCGGGGCGGUUAAGCAAAUUCGAGCUGUUGAUACUACUGCCGUGGAGGAAUCAGAGGCAAAGCGAUCAGCGACAGCUAAGCUAACAAUUACCGUGAAACCGGUAGACAGUAAUCCACCGGUUAUUACAACAUCAUCUGUUGAGGGUUACGUUGAUGAAAACGCGCCAGUUGGUACCAAGGUCAUCGACAAAGAUGGAAAUCCUAUUAAACUUACAGUAUUCGAUGCCGAUCUGGCACCAGAGGAUCCCAAGCCAAACUACACGUUCGAGCUGACAACAAGUUUCUUCGGGAUCGAUCAAUCAGGAACUCUGAUAGUGAACGAAGAAAAUCUGGAUCGCGAUCCGCCGAGUCCCGGGCGCUUCAGAUUCCAAGUGAUUGCGCGCGAAAAAACAGGUAUCGCAGCAUCAACACCUCUGUCUUUUGUUGUCACAUUGAACGACGUCAAUGACAAUGCGCCUCUGCUGCCGAUGGUACCGCCAAUCACCGUCCAAGCCGGCGAGGCCAGACGGGAAGUAAUUAAGGUCGAAGCAACUGACAACGACGAGGGUGAAAAUGCCGAGAUAACAUACAGCAUUUACCAUGUAUCGAAUAACGGCCUGCAAAAGUUCAAAAUCGAUUCCAAGACCGGCGUUAUCGAGUCAGUAAGAAAAUUAAACGCCGGCGAACAAUAUAGUAUCACCGUCCAGGCGACUGAUAAAGGCGGCAAGUACUCCCAAACAAUCGUUGAAAUAAAUGUAAUUCCCGGUCCCAAUACACGGAGUCCCGUUUUUCAACAGCCGGUUUACGAAGUUGAAGUUAGCGAAGGCGCUCCUAUUAAUUCCACCGUAGCCACCAUUACUGCACUCGACCCAGAAAAUGAUCCAGUGUCAUAUUCAAUACUUUCGGGCAAUGACUUGAGGCAAUUUGCGAUCGGUGACAAGUCAGGCGUUAUUACCGUUAUAAGGAAGUUGGACAGGGAAGACUUGACGCGAUAUCAGCUGUUUGUAAAAGCUGAAGACAGUGGUGGACUCUCUAGUACGGCAACGGUAAAUAUUCGCGUAACCGAUAUCAAUGACAAGAACCCCGAGUUCCAGGGCUUGCCUUACGAGUUUCAAGUUAAGGAAGGCAAGGCGAGAAAAUUAAUUGGACAUGUUCACGCUGAUGAUGCCGACGAGGGCAUUAAUUCAGAAGUAACUUAUUUUGCACCAGAUGACAUUCCGUUUACGGUUGAUCCGGAAACUGGAGACGUUCUUACCAAGAUAGCCUUGGAUUAUGAGCAAAAUCAUGAAUAUAAAUUUGUUGUGACGGCACGUGACGGCGCUCCAGAGCCUAGACUCGCCACGGCAACUGUCUCGGUAAAAGUUAUUGAUGUCGAAGAUGAAGUACCGAUAUUUCAUCAGAGUAGUUAUGAAGCACGUGUUAAAGAAAAUGUACCUGAUUACAUGGUUAUACAAGUUGUUGCUGACGAUCCAGAUACUAAAAAACAAAUAACAUACGUAAUUAAGCAAGGUGACACUGAUCUAUUUAGUAUCGAUCCAAAGACAGGUGUAAUUAAAACAGUACGUGGGCUGGAUUAUGAGAGAGAUAGCCAGCAUAUACUUAUUGUCGGCACUUUAGAAAAUACAAGUGAUCUUCCCGGAUCUACUACUCGUGUUGUGAUUAACGUACAAGAUAUGAAUGAUAUACCGCCAGUAUUUACGACAAUACCACGACCAAUAACUCUCGAUGAUGAUGUACCGAUCGGUACGACAGUAAUUAAUUUAUUAGCACAAGAUUCAGACGGUACGGCACCAGGGAAUCAAGUGAGGUAUGAAAUAAUUGGACGUGGCAGUGCAAGCAGAUACUUUGUAAUUGAUCCCGACUCGGGCAUACUAACGGUACGAGAUGACUUGCGAAAGGAAACUGACUCUGAAUAUCAAGUGGAUAUUAGAGCUUACGAUCUCGGUGAGCCUCAACUAUCGUCCGUGACAACCGUUCCAAUUUAUAUUCGUCACGUAGCCACAGUUGCACCGGAAGUUGGAUUGGGUUUUGCAGAAGACUCGUACAAUGUUGACGUACCCGAAGACGCGAGUGACAACACGUUAAUUAAAAUUUUAACCAUCAUAAAUUCUCACGCUUACGAUACAACUUUGAAGUGCGAAAUUUACAGUGGAAAUGAGGACAGUUUAUUUGAAACUAAAAUUACUGAUGAACGGAAUUGCGCGUUAAAAUUGAAAAAAGGUGCUUUAGAUUAUGAGACUGUUGAAUUUUAUCAGAUUAAAAUAAAAUUGGAAUCUAUGUCGGGAUUUUUAAAUUCACAUCGGAAUAUAACAAUGGUUAAAAUCCAAGUGAUUGAUGUAAAUGACAAUAAGCCAGAAUUUAUAUUCCCCGAAGAUCCUCUCGGCUUACGCAGACGCCGGUAUUUUGCAUCAAUCCCGAAAACAGCGCAAUUUUCUUUCAACGUGCUGCAAGUAAAAGCUGUGGAUAAAGACAAUGGAAAGUAUGGAAAACUUGAGUACAAAAUGUUAAACGGCCGCGGGACCCAGUACCUGUCGAUAGAUAGUUACUCGGGCAUGAUAAAAACAAUCGGAACUUUCGACAAUGUCUUGCUGGAAGAACUCCCGUUUAAAUUCACCAUUCAAGUACGUGAUAAUCCCAACUCAACUACUAAAUUCAACACCGCGGAAGCGCCUGUCAUUGUCAAUUUAAUUGACGAAGAAAAUCUUUUGGUGUUGGCAAUUCAAGACGCUUCUGCCGACAACGUGCAGAAAGAGGCAACUAAAAUCGUCCGAGUGCUGGAAGAAAAAACCGGGCUGUUGAUUGGUAUUGACAGAAUAUCCACCAGGAAGACUGUUAAUAAAAAUUCUACUGUUGAAAAUCACCCUCAGGACACUGAUGUCUGGUUCUUUGCCAUUGAUCCAAAGACUGAAACUAUUUUAGACCGUAAUAACUCACACUUAAUAAGACGCCGGUAUUUUGCAUCAAUCCCGAAAACAGCGCAAUUUUCUUUCAACGUGCUGCAAGUAAAAGCUGUGGAUAAAGACAAUGGAAAGUACGGAAAACUCGAGUACAAAAUGUUAAACGGCCGCGGGACCCAGUACCUGUCGAUAGAUAGUUACUCGGGCAUGAUAAAAACAAUCGGAACUUUCGACAAUGUCUUGCUGGAAGAACUCCCGUUUAAAUUCACCAUUCAAGUACGUGAUAAUCCCAACUCAACUACUAAAUUCAACACCGCGGAAGCGCCUGUCAUUGUCAAUUUAAUUGACGAAGUAAAUCUUUUGGUGUUGGCAAUUCAAGACGCUUCUGCCGACAACGUGCAGAAAGAGGCAACUAAAAUCGUCCGAGUGCUGGAAGAAAAAACCGGGCUGUUGAUUGGUAUUGACAGAAUAUCCACCAGGAAGACUGUUAAUAAAAAUUCUACUGUUGAAAAUCACCCUCAGGACACUGAUGUCUGGUUCUUUGCCAUUGAUCCAAAGACUGAAACUAUUUUAGACCGUAAUAACUCACACUUAAUAAGAGUAAUGUUAGAUAAACCAGCAAUGUCAGCGUUAAUUUUCGACGUAUCAACAGCGGUCCGUGCCAACGCUAUUGACAUUCAUGCACCAGUAACAGCGCCUGAGCAACCAACAAUUGUUACUCCUAUAGCCGUGGCUUUUAGCGGCGAAGUAUUUCCAUACGCUUUAAUAAUAAUUGCUUGUGUUAUUCUCGUUCUUGGUGUCGCUGGAAUUAUUUACAUUUGCAUCUCGUGGUCUAGGUACAAAAGUUAUAGAGAACGUAUGCAGCGAAUGUACGUAGUUCCUCGAUACGAUCCAGUUUACGUUGAGACAGAUUUAAAAGAAUACGAGACACAAGUACUGCGUAUGAGUGUGCCAAAUGACGACAGCGAGAGCUACAAUGACUUACAAUUAGAUUUUAGCAAUAAAAAUCAUGCAUUUAGCCUUGAUAAUGUCAGCUAUAUUACCAAAGACCAUGGAGGAAGUACUGGCCAACAGAGUCCAGUGAGCUCGGAAGCUGCGACAACAGUACGAGCCUCAAGUAUCGCUGGCAAUCCAGAAGUUAACAUGCAGUCUCUUAGACGAUCAACAUUGAGUCGAAAGAACAAUAAUAAUACCAAUCUGAUAAAUAAUAUUGACACGCCGGUGUUAAAUCCGCUGUUCAAUCAUGAAGAGCUUUUAAGCGCAAGCCCUUCCAAUGACAACGUCACAUUUAGAGAGAGGAAAGACUACUCUCAUCUCGGGUUCAGUUACUUGACCGAGCAGAGUCCAAUUGAAACUACAACCGAACUGUAA